GUGGGUGGUCUGCUCGCGAGGCUCGUGGACGCGCCGGAAAACAGAGCUGGAGGCGAGUAGGGGCUGCGGACUGGUCCUGGUCGCGAGCUCGUGGUUGGGCUGAGGCUCGAGCCGAGGCCGACGUGAACUCGCCAGAAAAACAAGUGGAGGCGGCGGCAAGGGCUUGUUGCGGGCUCGAGCUGCGGGUUUUUGGCCGGAAAAGCGGGUCGUCGCCGGAAAUGUUCAUAAUAUUUUUCAUGUGUUCAGUAAUGUUGAACUUUUUCAAUGAUCAGAUGCCGCCCCGUAGAGAACCCGAUCGCCCUGUUCUUCCCCAGGCCACUAUAGUCGCACAGUUCCGCGACUAUCAUGCUGAGAUAUUCUCCGGGCAGGGAGAUCCCCGUAUCGUGGACGGGUGGAUUCAGGGCCUUGAGUUGAUCUUCGAGGUCAUGGAUUGUCCAAACAGAUAUCGCGUUAUCUACGCUCAGCUUCAGCUAACCGGUGAUGCUCGGCUCUGGUGGAAUGCCUACUGGAGUAUGCGUCCCAGCAAGAAGGAGGGUUGUACAUGGGAUAGGCCCAAGGAGCUGAUCCGCGAGAAGUACUACCCCACCUAUUACAGAACAGAGAUGGAACGGCAGUUCCUGUCGCUCAAACAGGGUACUCAUUCUGUUGAUGAGUACGAUAGAGAGUUUACCCGACUUGCAGCUUUCGUUCCUGACUUG